AUGAAUUUAAUUUAUGAUUUUAACAAACAAACAUUUGCCACUUCAACUUUAUUAGUAAGUAACAGUAGGAUUCAUCAUUCAUCGAUCAUCAAGAUGUCAAGUUCAACAAUAUCAGCAAUGAUGAUGAUGGUUGGGGACAUGUCAUCAUUGAGUUCAUUGCCAUCAUUCAAUACCAACCAUAUAGACGAUAUUGGUAUGGACGAUGACACCUUUCAAAAGAGCGAGUUUGACCUCUACAUACCAGAGACAUACGAUAAAGAGCUUUGGGACAACUAUGACUACCUCAAUGCCAAUACUCAUCGAUUCUUUGAUUGUGUAUCAAGAGACUAUUUAAUACAAGGUGAAUCACUAAGACUAUUUUUAAUUGCAAGAGUUCCACAAUACCAAUCACCAUCUACAUCAUUGGCAUCUUCACAAUCAAGCAACACCAAUAAUAAUAACAAUAAUAAUAUUAGUAUAAGUAGUAGUACUACUACAAUGUCUGCACCUACUAAUACAACGACAACAAAUAAUAAUGGUGGAAUGGACAACCUAUCUAAAAGUGGUGGGGUAUUCAACAACAAUAUAACAGUUGUACCUCCCAUGCGAUCAGCAUCACAAAAUCUAUCAUUUGAAAUUCAAUUAAGAUAUUCAACUGAAACAUCCAAAGCAACUUAUAAAGAUUUUCAUAAUGCAGUAAAUGUUACAGAAUUUAAUCCAAAACAUACACAUGUUUCAACAGACAUGAGAAAUAAUUAUUUACCAUCAGCAAAAUCUUCAACCUCUUAUUUAAGAUCAACUACUGCCAAUGGUAGUGGUAGUGGUAAUGCAACAAAUAACGCCAACAAUAAUAAUAAUGGUAAUAAUAAUAAUGGUAAUACUAGUCCAACAUUAAUUGAUAAAUCAAAAAGAUUUAUUGGUGAAGUGAUUGAUAUUAGUUCACCAUUUGAAACCAAUAUACCAAAUAGGGAUUCAAUCAAUCAGAAACCAAAUUAUUUUAAAUUAUCAAAUGGUGAUAUUAUUUUCCCAAUUGAAAUACCUAUUUAUAUAAAAGAGAUUUAUGAAGAUAAACAAAUUACAUUUGUAAUCAAAGUAAAUCGAUCGAAAAAUUAUCGUGUAUUAUUGACAAACGAGAACAAAUUGGAUCGUUUGUUACAAACUGAUACAUUAGCAUUCCCCAAAUCAAUAGCAUUUAGAUCCUUUUGGAAAAAUUUCACUUUGGUUCAACCUCUAAGAUUAAAUUUAAAACCAAAUAUUGUAACAUUGGGAACCAAAAAUUUAAUAACAGUUGUGGUAGAGAAUAAUCAUCCAUCGAUUACAUUGACUAUUCGUGAUAUUAAUACCUAUCUAUUCCAUGUUUUAAAUAUGGAGUUGUCAGUUACAGUCGAUCCUGUAAGUGGACAAUCAAUACCAACUCAUCGUCAAAAGGGACAUAUUAUCAAAGCAAACGAACACUAUAUCCUCACCAACCUCACUAAAUGCACUCUCCCUAUUCUCCUCGAACCCUACAACAAACACUCGUUUGUAUUGUCGGUCGAACCUUCUGCACUCCAAAAAUCACUUCCUCCUCUUGACGGCUUUUACACCAAGAUCAAGUUGUCAUGGGAUUUACCAAUAUCCUCUGGUCAAAUAUUAUCUCUAUUUGAUUUGAAAAUAUCUCCUCCUCCAGUAUCAGAGUUAAUGGUUUCAAUUGACUCUCCAUCACCUGUAUUGUUAUAUCAAAAAUUCAAAGUAAUAUUCAAGAUUAGUAAUUUAUCAACCAAAUCCAAACAGAUAACGAUUAAUAUACCAUCAUGUUGUAAUCAAAAAUAUACGAGUACUGCUCAAAAGGUUAUUCCCAACGGUGCUGGUGGAGGUGGUGGUGGUACAGCUGCAGGUGCAUCAACAUCACAUCUCAAACUAUCAUCACUCAUUGGAAACAAACGGCUUCAAUCACAACAACAAUCAUCAAACUCUCUUAUCAACCAAUCAUCCACUACUACUACUAGCACAUCUACUACUGCUUCCUCCUCUUUGUCAACAACUACAUCUACUUUGAGCGAGUCUACUACUAGCAGUGGUGCACUCAAAUCAAGUGGAGCAUUACCAAAAUCAUCAACUGGUAAAUUGUUACCAUCUACAUCAUCUCCGAUUGGAUCACCAGUUGUAAUGAGCAGUGGAGGUAAAUAUGUUCCAGCCGAACCACAUAUCCAAUUUAGUGAAAUGACUCAGAGAACAUUGACAGCUUUUGAUGACGUUCAAGAUAAUUCAGUUAAUAUUGUUUGUCUUCAAAAAUCAAUUUAUGUUGGUGAUAUUGAUGCCAAAAGUUCAGUUAGUAUUAGUGUAGAUUUUAUUGCAUUAAAGAGUGGAUUGUUUGAGAUAUCAGAUAUCACAUUGUUUGAUGUGAUUGAAAAGAAAACAUUUAGUCUCAAGGAAUCACUACAAAUUUGUUGUAUCGAUCCAUCACACCAAAUUAGUGAUACUCAUCAUCAAACCAAUCCAUUUUAA